AUGGAAGACGUAUGCGAAGGAAAGGAAUUCAGUUUCCCAGCUGAGGAAGAGAAAGUCCUCCGCUUCUGGACCCAAAUCGACGCCUUCAAGACCCAGCUCAAACGCACCGAGCAUUUCCCCGAGUACAUCUUCUACGACGGGCCACCUUUCGCCACAGGGCUCCCUCACUACGGCCACAUCCUCGCCGGCACGAUCAAGGACAUCGUGACUCGGUACCAAACCAUGACCGGCCACCACGUCACCCGCCGGUUCGGGUGGGACUGCCACGGUCUCCCGGUGGAGAACGAGAUCGAUCGGAAGCUCAACAUCAAGCGGAGAGACCAAGUCCUCGCGAUGGGGAUCGGGAAUUACAACGAGGAGUGCCGGAGCAUCGUGACUCGCUACGUGGAGGAGUGGGAGAAGGUGAUCACGAGGAGCGGGCGUUGGAUCGAUUUCGGCGAUGACUAUAAGACCAUGGAUUUGCCUUUCAUGGAGAGCGUUUGGUGGGUCUUCGCUCAGCUUUUCGAUAAGGGUCUCGUCUACAAGGGAUUCAAGGUGAUGCCGUAUAGCACUGGUUGCAAGACGCCGCUAUCGAAUUUCGAAGCUGGGGAGAAUUACAAGCUUGUUCCCGAUCCGGAGAUUAUGGUUACGUUCCCGGUUAUCGGAGAUGAGGACGGUGCUGCAUUCGUGGCGUGGACUACGACUCCGUGGACGCUUCCGAGCAAUUUAGCUUUGUGUGUGAAUGCGAGUUUUGUGUAUGUCAAGGUUCGUAACAAGAAGGAUGGGAGAGUCUACGUGGUUGCUGAGUCUCGUUUGUCUGCACUUCCCAAUGGAGCUGAUUCGUUUGAGGUUUUGGAGAAGUUUUGUGGAGCUUCAUUGGUUGGGAAGAAGUACGAGCCUUUGUUUGAUUACUUUGAGGAUUUCUCGAGUGUGGCGUUUCGAGUGGUGGCGGAUGGUUAUGUUACUGAUGAUAGUGGUACUGGGAUUGUGCACUGUGCUCCUGCGUUUGGUGAAGAUGACUAUCGUGUUUGUCUUGAGAACAAGAUUAUAAAAAAGGGGGAGAUUCUUGUUGUGGCUGUUGAUGAAGAUGGGUUGUUUACUGAGAGAAUUACUCAUUUCAGUGGCCGUUAUGUCAAAGAUGCAGAUAAGGAUAUCAUUGAAGCCGUCAAGGCUAAAGGCAGGCUUGUUAAAUCAGGGAGCUUUAUGCACAACUAUCCAUAUUGCUGGCGAUCAGAUACUCCUCUUAUAUACAGGGCAGUUCCGAGUUGGUUUGUACGCGUGGAGCAGUUGAAAGAACAAUUGUUAAAGAACCUUGAAGAUACGAAAUGGGUGCCUCAUCAUGUGAAGACAAAACGCUUUCACAACUGGCUGGCUAAUGCAAGGGAUUGGGCAGUCAGCCGAAGUAGAUUUUGGGGAACGCCUCUUCCGAUAUGGAUCAGCGAUGAUGGGGAGGAAAUUGUCGUCAUGGAUUCCGUUGAGAAGCUUGAGAAACUCUCUGGUGUCAAGGUCUUCGAUCUGCAUCGUCACCAUAUUGAUCAAAUUACAAUCCCAUCUAGUCGCGGUCAUGAGUUUGGUGUGCUCCGUCGUGUAGAAGAUGUUUUUGACUGCUGGUUUGAGAGUGGGUCAAUGCCUUAUGCAUAUAUCCACUAUCCAUUUGAAAACAAGGAGCUAUUUGAGGAGAACUUUCCUGGUCAUUUUGUGGCUGAAGGGCUUGAUCAAACUCGUGGAUGGUUUUAUACUCUUAUGGUUUUAUCUACUGCACUAUUUGACAAGCCAGCGUUUAGAAAUCUGGUUUGCAAUGGUCUUGUGCUUGCUGAGGAUGGAAAAAAGAUGUCUAAGAAGUUAAAGAAUUAUCCACCACCUAUGGAUAUCAUAGAUGAAUAUGGGGCCGAUGCUGUUCGACUGUACCUGAUAAAUUCCCCGGUUGUACGUGCAGAGCCACUGCGCUUCAAAAAAGAAGGAGUACAUGGUGUUGUCAAAGAUGUAUUCCUUCCAUGGUACAAUGCAUAUCGGUUCCUUGUCCAGAAUGUGAAGAGACUUGAGACUGAAAUUUGUGGACCCUUUGUUCCUAUUGAUCUGGUAACCUUACAGUCGUCAAACGUUCUUGAUCAGUGGAUUCACUCAGCUACGCAGAGUCUUGUCCAAUCUGUCCGCCAGAUGAUGGAUAAAUACAGCCUUGACACUGUGGUUCCGUAUCUCUUGAAGUUCCUCGACAAUCUUACAAACAUUUAUGUUAGAUUCAACCGCAAGAGGUUAAAAGGCCGUACAGGGAAGGAUGAUUGUCACACUGCUCUUUCAACUCUUUACAAUGUGCUCCUAACUUCUUGCAAAGUGAUGUCCCCUUUUACACCGUUCUUCACUGAGACUCUAUACCAGAACCUGCGGAAAGUGUGUGAAGGUUCUGAGGAAAGCAUUCAUUACUGCAGUUUUCCACAAGAGGAAGGAACGAGAAGGGAGAGGAUUGAGAAAAGUGUUGUAAGGAUGAUGCAAAUCAUUGAUCUUGCUCGGAAUGUUCGUAACAAUCACGAACUACCCUUGAAAACUCCUCUAAAGGAAAUGAUUGUAGUUCAUCCAGAUGCAGAGUUCUUGGAUGACAUAACUGGAAAACUAAAACAGUAUCUAUUGGAGGAACUGAAUGUAAGAUCUUUAGUCCCAUGCAAUGAUAUUCUGAAGUAUGCAACUCUAAAAGCAGAACCCAAUUUCAGUGAACUGAGGAAGCGACAAGGAAAGUCAAUAGGACUUGUUGCAGCAGAAGUUAAAAAAAUGUCACAACAAGACAUCUUAAGAUUUGAGAAGGACAAGAAAUUUACUAUUGCUAAUGAUGAAGAACCUCUUGAGCAAGCACAUAUCAAGAUUGUUAGGGUUUUCAAACGUCCAGACGGUUUGAAAGACACAGAGGUUGACGCAGCUGGAGAUGGUGAUGUUUUGGUGAUUCUGGAUCUACGAGCAGAUGAAUCUUUGAAAAAUGAAGGUGUUGCCCGUGAGAUUGUCAAUAGGAUCCAGAAGCUACGGAAACUGUCAGGUCUGGAACCAACAGACGUUGUGGAAGUCUACUUUGAGUCACUGGACGAGGAUGAAUCUGUUUCGCACCAAGUUGUCUACUCCCAGGAACAAUACAUAAGGGAUUCAAUUGGUUCCCCGUUGCUUUUGUCUUGUCUAAUGCCACCACAUGCAGUGGUAAUAGCCGAUGAGAUAUUUCGAGACGUAGCAAAGAUGUCAUACAAGAUAAGUUUGCCUAGAGAGGCUUUGAAGUUCAAUGAAGAGGCUAUUCUUGCUUUGUUCUCGGGAGAUGUGAAGUUCGCAUCCGGGCUCCAAACGUAUUUGCUUUCGAGAGAUCAUUCAAACUUGAAAUCAGAGUUCCAAGACGGAGACGGCAAGAUAACUGUAAGCUGCAUCGAGAAGCUGCCUGCUGUGACUGUUGUUCUAGGAGAACAUUUGCAUGUGACAGUCGGUGACUACUUGUUGAGCAAAGGAAGGAAUUGGAAGAUUUAG